CCCACCACAGGGAGGGACCAAUACUGGCACCCUGGCAACAUUCGGGCAUUUCUCUUUAAUGGUGGUGAUCAUUGUCAGCUUUUUGCGAAGCUAUCAUGUCGAGCCCGGCGCCGAGCCCUGAACCAAGCCCGGACAACACCAAGGCGGCCUCGAUAAUGCCCAUGCGACUCGACGCCCUUACCAUCGCGGGCCUGACGGGAACACCUCACGGUGGUGGGGGCGGCGGGUUUGCCGGGCGAGAGAUGGCUGCCCCGGGCUCCCCCGCUGCCGGCUCCGACGCCACGCUGAGCUCCAUCCAAGACUCGUCCUGCGGCGGCGACGGCGGCGAUGUGGGCGAUGGCGACGGCAGUGCCUCGGUGCUGUCGGAUGAUCUCGGGUCCGUCACGUUUACGGACGACAGCGGUACUACUGCUGAGAGGGAGGGAGGGGACAGCGAUAGUAGUGGUUGUGACGGUAGCGGUGGUGUUGUUGAAGCUGCGAAGACUGGUCCGCUUUGGGAUGGUGAGGUGAAGGGGGAAUCUACGGCAGGAGGAGGAGGAGGAGGAGGAGCAAUCGCAGCAGAGGAGAGGGGGCAGCGGGAUAGGGGAGGGCGUUGGCCAGCGCCAGCAGAAGCAGCUGCAGGAGGAGACAGCACUGGACCGGCGAGAGCAGCACGAGACCACCCUACAGAAGUCGCCGGGGCAACUGAAAACAGCGGCGGUGCCUUGUCGUCGCCGGCUUCCCAUCGUGCCGCGCCAAGCCCCGACUCGUCCCUGCCUCCUGCUUCGCCGAGAAAGGGUGGACCACAACUGGGACACGCAACAACGCUCCCGGCCACGGGUGCAAGCCACCCUAACCAAAGAGCCACCGAUCUGGACGCCAGCACCACCACCUUACGACCUCUGUCACAACAACGACGACGAUCACAUCAACAGGAUCCCGACGAUAGCCGAGCUGAGGGCAUCCUCGGCGACUCCGGCAUCAACAAAAGUAGCAACAGCAGCAACAACGACGACCAGCGUAGAUUAUUGCGCGGCGGCUCGGGUACUGCUAUUACUGCCGUCGCCACCGCCGUGAGCGGCGCUGACAGCGGGGGCGGAGGCGUUUCUCCUGCCCCGCCACCGGCGGCGGCAGAGCCGCCCCGCGGCGGCGUAGUGCCGACGGUGACCUGCAAGGUUCUCGUGGUCGGGAACGCCAAGUGCGGCAAGUCGUCCAUCAUCAGCCGGUUCGUGAGCAACCGUUUCAGCUCGGACUACAACUCCACCGUUGGGGCGGACUACGCCAUGAAGGACGUUUCCCUCGAGAAUGGACGACAGGUGCGACUGCAGCUGUGGGAUAUCGCAGGUCAGGACCGGUUCGCCAAGCUGACGCGCGCCUACUUCCGACGAGCGAAAGGCGCGGUCGUAGUCUGCGAUGUCACCCGCGAGGGAACCUUCGAUGCAAUCGUCAGGUGGAAGGAAGAGAUCGACCUCUGGUGCCAGAACGAGGGCUGCGACCUCCCGGUUUACCUCUUCGCGAACAAGUGCGACCUGCUGAAGGAGGUUCAGGACAGCUUUCUCGCGGGGGCGAGGAUGGAGAAGACUUGCCGAGACGCGGGGUUCGCUGGAUGGCACAUCACCUCGGCGAAGCGGGGGGACAACAUCGACACGGCAAUGACGAGCCUCGUCGAGCACGCGCUUGAGGCUGAGGACCGAAGAAAUCGUGGGCCGGAGGGGGCGAGUCCUUCGAGAGACCGUCGCGGAGUCGGCGGUGCAAAGGGGGGGGCGUUUCGACUGUCGUGCGAGGGGCGACGGGAGGGGGUGCAACAGGCGGGGCCGUGCUGCGCAUGA